UUUGCAGAGCCAUGGCACAAUGAAGGGAUGUGACCUGCUGUCCCAAGCCACCUUUUCCAUCCUUAGCAGUUUCCUUGGCUCCUUUGUGAGAGGCUGUCCAGGCUGCCCCUCACAUAUUCUCAUUUCCUUCUACAUUCUAUCCCUCUCUCCCAGGUGCACCUCCAGUCCCAAGUCAUGUCCUGCUACACCCAGUGUGUGCCAUGCCGGCCCUGCGGCCCGACCCCUCUGGCCAGCAGCUGCAAUGAGCCCUGUGUCAGGCAGUGCCAGAACUCCACCAUCGUCAUCCAGCCCUCUCCCGUGGUGGUGACCCUGCCCGGACCCAUCCUCAGCUCCUUCCCGCAGAACACCGUUGUGGGCUCCUCCACCUCCGCUGCUGUUGGCCGCAUCCUCAGCUCUGAGGGCGUGCCCAUCACCUCGGGGGGCUUUGACUUGUCCGGCUUGGGCAGCCGCUCCUGUGGCAGAAGGUGCCCGCCCUGCUGAAGCCACUGGUCCUGGAGAAAUCCGUCUAUAAGCCAUGGACACGGUGCUGGAUCAAGAAGGAAUCUUCAAGCCCCUGCAUUCAGAAUCCCUGACCAUUCUCAGCUACUCUAGGAAGUACUGGCAGGAAGAGGCAUGCCUGGCCUUCCAGUAAAGCUGGCUGAUGUCUGAUCCUCUGCUUCCAUUCCUCUCCCCACCUACCUACAUCUUUCUCCCUUUUUUCUUUCUCUCUCUCUCUCUACUUUUUUUUUUUUCUU